UGUCGUCCUAAACAAAACCUAACUCUCUAAUAGAGCGCUGGACUGAACCCUACUGUCUCUCUCUCCGGCCUCCCACUCUCCUCUCCGAUUCGAGUAGGAAGAAAACGAAGAGAAUCGGAAGACGAAGAGAAGAGGACUUCGCGUACUACGGGGUUCGUCCUCUCUCUCAUUUCCUCCCUCGAAAUCUUCGAGCUUAACAACAUUGAGGCAGCGCGAUACGGGAUUUUUAUGCCUGCCCUCUCCGUGUCGCUAUCUGGGUGAUUUAUUUUCGAAAAAUUGGCGUUUCGUUUGCUGAAUCGGAAGGUUUCUGAGUGGUAUGGAUGAAAAGAGGUAUGCAAAACAAACAUCAGGAAAUUUCAGGAAACGGCCCCGUGAUCAAUUUGAUAAUGGGAAACGAAAGAAACACAAUCCUAACCGUGAUCAUGGUUCUACUAAUAAACCUAUUGAUACAAUUUACCGCAUCCUUUGCCCUGUUAAAAAGAUUGGUAGUGUUCUGGGUAGAGGAGGUGAUAUUGUUAACGCCCUUAGAGAUGAGACCCAUGCAAAAAUAAGGGUUGCAGAUGCUAUUACCGGUGCAGAGGAGAGAGUAAUUAUUAUUUUUAAUUACCCAUCCCAAUCUGAAGAAAACAAUCCUGGUCAGGAUACUGAAAAUAGUGAUAAAAAUGAGCUAGAGGACAUGCUACCCCACUGUCCUGCCCAGGAUGCUUUACUCAAGAUUCAUGACAGGAUUGCUGCAGAUGAGAUUUUACGUGGUGGUGUCGUGCAAGAGAGAACUGAAUCUGAUGAUAUUGUUACUGCUCGAAUUUUGGUCCCAAAAAAUCAAGUUGGAUGCCUUCUUGGCAAGGGUGGAAAUAUUAUUCAGCAACUGCGAACAAAUACUGGUGCAAAUAUUCGCAUAUUGCCUCCUGAUCACCUUCCUCCAUGUGCCAUGGGCAGCGAUGAGCUAGUACAGGUAUCAGGAGUGCCAUCUAUUGCAAAGAAGGCUCUAUACAGAAUAUCAGCUUUGCUGCAUCAGCAUCCUAAUAAAGAAAAUCCGUCUUUGGAAGAUAUCAUAUAUGCCAGUACCCGAGGUUCUUAUCGUUCAGAUUCAUCUAUCCCAGCUCCAUUGCCUCAGGGAAAUCGAGUGUGGUCUCCGUAUUACUCUGAUGUCCGUGACCCAUCAACAGUCUCAAGAUUCAACAGGUAUCCAGAUGAGCCAUCGAGAUAUCCUUCUGGUAGUUUUAGCAGAAACAGUUUCCAGGAGGGUGAAAUGGCAGAAGAAUUUUCCAUGAGAAUUUUGUGUGCUACUGUGAAGAUUGGCGGAGUGAUUGGCAAGGGUGGGACCAAUAUCAGACAAUUAGAGCAACAAACAGGUGCUCGUAUUCAGGUUGAGGAUACUGCACCUGAUGCUGAAGAACGUGUGAUCAAUAUUUCAUGCAAGGAGGUUCCAUGGGAGACAAGAUCUCCUACAAUCGAAGCUGCUCUUCAGAUUCAAAAUAAGACAAGUUCGAACUCUGAUGAUGAUGCUAUCACAACACGGCUUCUUGUCCCAUCAAGUAAAGUCGGUUGCAUACUUGGACAAGGAGGUGACGUCAUAACAGAAAUGAGAAGACGAACUAGAGCAGAUAUUCGUGUUUAUUCCAAGGAUGACAAGCCAAAAUAUACAUCCGCAAAUGAAGAACUAGUACAGAUUUCUGGACCUAGAGAUUUUGCUUGGGAUGCACUUGUGGAGAUUGCUUCAAGGCUUAGAGCAAGAACUUUUCGAAGUGGGAAUUCUUCUGCUAACCCUGCACCUGCAGGCCCUUUUCGUGGGGUUCCUCCUUUUGAAAGAAUUCCUCAUCGAGGUGCACCAUCAGCUGGAAAUGCAGAUUUGGGUUCUGCACGACCUGGUCAUUUUCGUGGUUAUAUUACUGAAAGACAUCCUGAUAGAGGAAUUUCAUCAUCUAGCAUGUUUGAAUCUGAGAAAUCUGUUGGGUAUGAUUACCGGAAGGCUUACGGACAAUCAUAUGAAGCUCCAUACUACCAUUCACCAGCUGCUGCUGGGUACACUAAUUACAAUGCCCCUGCUGAACCUAAGAUUCCUUAUGGUGGGGCCCCUUCAGUUGGCAGAGCUGAUAUAAGCAAUUUUGAUAUUCGUCAGGCCCCUGGAGCGAGAGUCAAAUCGCACAAUCCUAUGUUGGGUGUUCCGGAGCAUGUCAUGGACGUGCACGGUCCUUCAGAAUAUUCAAGGCCAGGACAGGGCGGCCAUCUUCCACCACCCUAUAUGUCUUCCGGAAGCCAGGGCAUACUGCCAUCUCAACAAUCAAUUCGCCCGUACUAGCUCGAACCACAAUCUGUGUUCAAAAUAUUCCUUCGCCCAAAUGCCAUCCGACCCCUUUGUUUGAUGAUGGCAAAUGGAGAAUGACGAAUCCAUGCGAAGUAUAAAUUAAUGUGUAGCUGUUGUAGACAGGCCUUGAGAGGCGAUCAAUUUUCUGUUCUGUUACUAAUUGUUGAACUGAUUUAUGGUUCCCACUUGUGAAUGGAUGGGGAGUUUAGAAGUCUUAUCUUCCUAGCCUUUUUGAAGGCUUCUCAUUUCAGAAUCUUAAGAUUCACCUUUUGCUACUUGGCUCUUUGCAAACUCAAAAGUAUUAUAACGUGUUCGUGUAUUAUUUA